UUUCACGACUUGCAGACUCUCAGGUUUGGAUAGAGGCGACAUUCAUGGCUUUUUACAGUCUCGGUCCAAGCUGGGGAGGCGUGAUGAUGAUGGGAAGUCAUAUGAAGUUCCACACUAACUGUCUGAGAAAUGUAUUGAUUGGCAUCAUUGGGGAUGUCUGCAUAGCAGUAUUCAGCAGCGUCGUAUUGUUUGCUGUUCUUGGUGUGAUGGCGAGCGAGAUCGGCGUACCUGUCGAGGAUGUUGUAAAGUCUGGGAUGUCAAUUGGCCUGGUAGGCUACACUCGGGCAUUGACAUACCUUCCUGCGCCUUAUAUCUGGGCUGUGGUGUUUUUCUUUGCGGUCACCAUUGUAGGACUCGACGCACAGGUGGUUUGCACCGAGACGGUGGUGUCAUUCAUGGAAGGAUUCAGUGCUAGACUAGGUCGACACGGCCACCUACUACUGGUGGUACUGGUCAACAUUGUCAUGCUUCUCUUCAAUCUCCCUUUUUGUACACAGGCGGGACCGUACAUGUUCCAGCUGGUGGACUGGUAUCUACCAACGUGGUCUGUGGUAGUGAUAGCCCUUCUAGAGGUUAUAGCCAUAAUGUGGUUUUAUGGAGGUGAUCGUGUUGACUCUGGUUUAAAAGACAUGAUAGGACGAAAAAUGCCACACGUGUUCCGACUGGUAGCCGCUUACAUAUCACCUGUCUUUUUCCUGGUAAGUAGUAAUAUAGAAUAA